AUGGCCGCCGCCGCCUCCCAUCUCCUCUUCUACCCUCUCUCUAACCUUGCCAGAAACCCACAACACUGCUGUCACCUCUGCCUCCCCUCGAUCUCCAUCCCCACCUCCAACAUUACCACCCUACCCCUCACCCGGUCGCUAAACUCUAACCCCUCCGAGACAAUCCUCUCCGGAUUUGGAUCCGGAUUCGAUGACAAUAACAACGAAUCUGGAUCCGGCGCUAAUAACGGCGGCGGAAGCGAUCACCCUCAUGACGAAUCCCAUCCAUCCAAUAGUCCAUGGGACCCCAUCGAAAUGUUCCUCAGUGGAUGGAGAGCUAGGGUUUCGGCUGAUCCGCAGUUCCCCUUCAAGGUUCCAAUGGAGGAGCUCAUCGGCGUCUCCGCCUGCAUGCUUGAUGACAUGGCCACUCGCCCUAACUUUGGCCUUAACGAGCUCGACUUCAUCUUCUCCACCCUCGUCGUCGGAUCAAUCCUCAACUUCACACUAAUGUACCUUCUCACCCCGACCGCUGUCGCCUCCACUGCCAACGCUGCCAUAUUCUUCCUCCCCUCCUACAUUUUCGAGCCUGGAUCCUACGCUCUCUCAUCAAGAAUUGCCACUUUGAUUAAUAAAGGAGCCACCUUUGUUGCUGUUGGGUUCGUCGUUGGGCUUGUAGGGACUGCAAUUACAAAUGGGCUGAACUUAAGGAAGAGGAUGGACCCAGAGUUUGUGUCCCCCAACAAGCCGCCACCCAUAUUGCUGAAUGCGAUGACUUGGGUUGUGCAUAUGGGAAUCAGUAGCAAUUUGAGGUACCAGAUGCUAAAUGCUUUGGAGUUUGUGUUAGGAAAAGUGCUGCCUCCGACUGGUUUUAAGGUUUUGAUUGUUAGGUUAAGGUGCUUGAACAAUGUACUUAGUGGGAUGUCAUUUGUGUUGCUUGCGAGGAUGACGAGGUCUCAUAAGGUGCAGGAGAAGAAGGCUGAGGUGGAGGAGAGAUUGAUUGUGGAGAAUGCGAUGGCGUAUAGCGGGGUUGAUGAGCGGUUGAGCAAUUGA